GCUUCACUUUGUCUCCCACCACCUAAUACGCCCAGACACGCCUAUCCAAAACUAGUUCCAUCACAUCAUGUUCGGUCUUCUCAAGCUCACUACCACCAUAUGCUUCGCCUAUACGUUUUUCACUCAAGUACAUGCAUCCCCACUAUCUCGCCGCGAUGUCGUCGCGCCCCACAUAACGAGUCCUGAUGCGAACAGCGUUUGGCCCAUUGGAACUACGCAGCUCGUCACCUGGGAUACUUCGGACCUUCCUCCGGAUUCGCAGAUCACAAAUCCUAUAGGCCAGAUUAUCCUGGGCUACAACGAAAGUAACAGCCUGAACCUCGAUUUUACCAACCCCCUCGCAAAGGGGUUCAAACUACGCGAUGGAAAGGUUCAAAUCACCGUUCCCAACGUUCCCCCUAGGACGGACUACUUAAUCGUCUUAUUUGGCGAUUCCGGUAAUACGAGUCCUUCGUUUGCUAUCACCGCGAUUACUGGUAGUGGCUCACUCGCGGCCACACCGCAACCGUCGACCUCAACGUCGACGGAUUGGACGAGCCCCCCUUUCACUGGGUCUGUCAUAACCGGUGGGAUAAGCGAGUCAACGACGACGACCACCCUCGAUUCGUCGACGACGGUUACGGUACCCACAUCGACAACCUCCGGCUCGUCGGCGUCAUCUUCGUCAGUCUCGGGGAGCGCAGCCUCUGCUUCUGCGAGCACCACAAGUCAGUCCAGCGCCGCGUGGUCUGUACACCGUUCAAGCUGCCUAUUCAAGAUCUCCUCUUGGGGCAUGGCCUCCUUGGUUCUUCUUGCACUCUUUUUCUGAGCAUAACGCGAUGACGAAGAGAACAUGUCUCAUUCUUGAAGAGGAAACAAAGGAAGAAGAAAGGCAGUCGAUUGGGCUGCCUGCCGAACGAGUGAACUUUGAUGUUUUUAUUUGAUUUGACGAAAUUUCUUUCAAGGGAUUCCAUUUCAUGUGGAUUUCGUUUCAUGUAUAUGAACUUUUGGCUCUUGAUCAUGACCCUCCUCCCCAUUACCCCAUGCAAUAUCCCCCCUCUGACUGACCCCUUUGCAAUAUCCCCCCUCCCCUCCCCUUCCCGCAUCGCACAGUCACGUAUAUCUUUUCCCUCGACGAACUACGAUCCAUCCCCCUCGCAAGCUACAUCUACCUACCUAUCUAUCCGCAAGCAUCAACAUGUACUACCACAUUUUUUACGCACAUGCACAGAGUUUUGGUUUGAUCGCUUUUUGUUUUGCUGCUCUCAUGUUAUGCACUUGGUCUUGAAUCCGUGAUUUUCUUUUCGUUC